AUGUCCAUCGAUCUCAAUUGGGAAACGGUCACGGGCGGCCCUGAUGGACAAGAGCUUGCCGACAGCAUCCGCGAUUUCAUCCACACCAAGUUCCAAUCAGUACCAUUACCGCGUUUCAUCAAAUCAGUCACCGUGCAUGACUUUCAGUUUGGGACGAUACCGCCAGAGAUUGAGUUGAAGGAUAUCACCGACCCGUUACCAGACUUUUACGAGGAAAAUCUUGAUUCGGACUUGGCAUCAGAGUCUGGCAGCGAGGAGGAUGAGGAGGAAAUUGCAGAUGACCGAAGACGGCGACAGACUGAAGCGGUGUUAACUGGCGGUGCUGGGGCUCAUAAUCCCUCAGCUCUCCCACCACAUCUCAGUCUUGGUGGUCUCGGAGGUUUGGGUGGUCUUGGUGCCGGUGGUUCACGCAAUGGAGGAGACAUAGGGAGCCCCUUUUUACGAGUCAACACGCCCGGUAUUCCAGGAGGCACCUCCAACCUCCACUACUUUCACUCCCAAUUCGCCACGGGAUUAUCAGGCACCCAAACACCACUCGCCGCCGUAGCAGGAGCUCACCACCUCAACAGCGCCGCCUGGCUAGAAGGCCACGGCCACAGCUCCUCAGCACCAAACCUCCACCAAUACGGCGCCCCAGACUUUGGCGGUGUCGACGGGCAAUCAACCGCCCCAGUACCCAACCAAGACCUCCGUCGUCCCCUCCUCCAACAGCCCCCUUCCACCCACCGUCGCAACCCCUCCCAAAGCUCCAUCGAUCUCAACCCCUCCCUCGGCCUCACCCCCCCAUCCCCUACCGUCCUCUCCGUCCCCCCCUUCCCCCCUUCCUCAACCGGCGGCCCAUCCCCUCCUCCCGGCCUAGCCAAACCCCAUCACCCCCAUCACCCCCAUCACCACCACGCCCACCACGCUCACCCCCUCCUCCGAGAAAAGCACUCCGUCUCCACCCUCGCCGCCUCCGCCGGCCCCCCCUCCCGCCCCCCAACCCGCGACAAAACCACCCCCUCUCACCACCCGGACCCAGAAGACGUCCACGCACCCAACACCACCACAACCAACAAACAGCGCAGCACCAGCCCAGCCACCUCCUCCCCUUUGGCAACCUCAGCCCAGGAACAAGCCGAGGAAGAAGAGGAGGAAGAGAAGCGCAAGCUGAGAGAAAAAAAGGUAGACGACAUGCAAGCCGUUUUCCGGAUACGUUACGCGGGGGAUAUCAAAUUGUUGCUCACGGCGGACAUCCUGCUCGACUACCCCAUGCCUAGCUUUGUCGGGAUUCCCGUCAGGUUGUCCAUCACCGGGCUAACGUUUGAUGGGGUGGGGGUGCUGGCCAAGAUUAGGAAGAGGGUUCACUUUUGUUUCCUCAGUCCGGAGGACGCGGUCGCUGCUGUUGGGCAGGGGGAGAAUGAAGUUGAUGGUGGGGAGGGGGAUAAACAAACUGGUUUCAAGUCACCGCCAGGUGGUGGGAAUGGGCUGGGGGCGACAAAGCUGGGCGGGUUGCUGCAGGAGAUUAGAGUCGAGAGUGAGAUCGGUCAGCGGGAGAGCGGGAAGCAGAGUUUGAAGAAUGUAGGCAAGGUGGAGAGGUUUGUGCUGGAGCAGGUGAGGAGGAUAUUUGAGGAGGAGUUUGUGUAUCCUAGUUAUUGGACGUUUUUGGUAUGA